AUGGCAUUUCCACCUACAGCCGGUCGUGGGGUUACUCAAGUAAUUGAAAGAUGUGAAAGCGCCAAAACAACUGCAUACUUAGAUUUAUCGAACUGUUGUUUAAUAUAUAUAGCUGAUGCAAUUUAUUUAGUACUGAAAGGAUAUGAGAUUAACAAAAUCAGUGUUCGCGAGAAUAGCUUGAAGAAGUUUCCAAAAAAGUUCUUGGAAAAGUUUCCCAACACAACAAUAUUCAAUAUGGAAGGUAAUGAGGUAUCGGAGUUUCCAGAAGAAUUUGCAACUUGGUUGGAAAUGAAAGCUAUGAAUAUGUCUAAGAACAAGAUUGAAAAAUUUCCUGAAGGUAUCUAUAGUAUGAGCAAAUUGGUCGUACUCGAUCUGUCAGCAAACCAAAUAGAAGAGUUGGAUGUGGAAAAGUUAUAUGAUGGCUGUCCAAAUCUGAUCCAGUUGAACCUGGCUGGAAAUCCAUUAAAGGACGACAUCAAGAAAGCAUUGGAGAACUCGCCGAAGAAACCAGCAAAACUGAGUUUAUUGAUCUGA